UUCACUACUUGUUGCAAUCUGAAAUCUAAAAUUGAAGUCAUUUUUUAACAAACUCUGGAGAAAAUAAAGUAGAUGGCGCAUCGAUGUUUUUCAGGAUUACUAUUGAGUGUUGUGAUCAUUUUGGUUGCUCUUGGGUCUGCAGAGUGUGAUCAAGGCAAUCUUGGAACAGAAUCACAGAAAGAUGUGUUUCUUCAGAGUGAUGUUAAGAUUCUUUUGGGAAGAAAAAUGCUGCAGCAUUCCCGAGAAUCCAACUCCAAGAAGACCGAUGAAACAAAGGCGUUGACUGAGGCAGCGGACGAGGUAGCAAACCUAAUGCACAGGGACUAUGGAAAGAUGGCGCGGCGAAAGCCACCAAUCAACAAUCAUGUGCCUAAAGACUGAGGGAUGAUGCAGUUUCUGUUAGCAUAGAUUAAUUCCUAUUGGCUUCACAAUUUUGCUCCACUGAGUGAGGCCACUCCACAUAUAUAGUUUAUGUAGUCCUAAACAAAAGUUAGUCAUUCAGAUAGUUGUGUCUUGUUUAGUUGUUUGAUCACAAAAAGCAGAUGAUAUAGUAGUUUUUUUUAUUAAGUGUAGGAGUUAGUUUGUGUUUCUUUAGCAUCAUCAUCAUCAAUAGAGACUUGUUAGUAUUGUACAUUAUACAAUACACUUGUUUAGUUGUGUUUUAUUUGUUU